UGCCUGCAAUGGUGGAAAGCACUGUGAUGUGGUGGUAGUGGUUGAGUGAGCCGCGAUAUUGAAUCAUGUGGAUACAGCUCUGCCCGACUGUGUUGAAGGUUGCAAGAACAACGACUCACUAUGAGGUGGAAAGAAGAAGCAAAGAUCGAUAUAGCGAGGACAGCUGAGCGAAAGGUUACCAUGGGGACGGGCCGUGUUGUGCUACCAGCUUGGAUCACGAGUCAUCUGCGAGUAUGGUCCUGAAGCAGCAGCGAUGACCCUACGGAGGUGAUCACAGGCAACUGUUCUGCGGGCUGGUCUCAGCUUUGGAGUGCGAGGAGGCCUGUGGGGGCCAUCUAUCACAGCGCGGGACUUCUUUGGAGAGGUGGAGAAGCCGCGGCGAAACCGCUCCUCAUUGGCUCGUUUUGGGGCUGUCACGUGAUUUAUUUACCGCUCAUAUUUCCUGUCAACUGUUGCCAAUGAUUUAGCAUCCAUUUAUUUUCCGAUUUAUCCGCGAGUGGCCGAGCUAAUUUGCGGCUCGUCCUCCCGUGCGGCAAAAGCAGCGGUCGCUCGGGGGCCGGCCGCAUAAUGAAUUCUAAUGUCGUCUACGCGAGCAUGUGUCACAACGCCGACGGGGCGACGGCACCUUACCCGUCACAGCCAUACGACCUGCACACGACCCAUCAAGUGUACUUCCCGGGACCACCAGACAACCCUUACGGGACCAUGGCUGCCUUCCCGGAUCCGCGAACACCACCACUCCACGGAGACAUGAGUCACCACCAAAUCAUCAAUGACAACAACGGGCUCAGCUACACGAAUCUUGAUCAGCAGGCCGCCGCCGCCGCUGCAGCCGCCGGAUACCUCCACCGGGGCAGUGGUGGUGGCGGCGGCGCGACCAUGCACCCGGCCGCCCCCGGGGGUUACGGAUCUCCGGGCGGCGCAGGAAGCCCUAGGCCAGCACCCACCGCUGCGGCCUUUCCGUACCGAGGCAACCUGGACUAUACUCACAUGGGGGAACCAGUCACCGGAGUGCACCACGCGGCCCCUGCUCCCCAGGCCGACCACCUCCACUCGGACCGUGCCGUUGGACCACACACUUAUGCGCCCUAUUUGGACCCACUGUCACUGCAACGACGAAAUGGAUACGGCGCCUACGCUGACAGCUACGAUGUGAUGCGGGAUGCCAGUUGCCAGCACAACGGCUCGGGCUUCCAAGGCUCGCUAUCCAGGCCGGGCCUCUCGCAGCCCAAACCAGCGCCAGUGCCCACCUACAAGUGGAUGCAAGUCAAGAGGAACGUGCCCAAGCCGAUUCCCAAGCCCGACUAUGGCUUCAACAACGGUCCCAACGGAACGGGUAGAACAAACUUCACGACGAAGCAACUAACAGAGCUUGAGAAAGAGUUCCACUUCAACAAGUACCUGACGAGAGCUCGGCGAAUCGAAAUUGCUACCGCUCUCCAGCUCAACGAGACCCAGGUGAAGAUCUGGUUCCAGAACCGCCGCAUGAAGCAGAAGAAGCGCAUGAAGGAGGGGCUCAUCCCUGCAGAUGGCGACAGACUCUCCCAGGCAUCGUCGCCGGGAAAAAUGUCGCCUCCGUCGCCACAGCACAAGGACAGUCAGUGAUGACGACCCCUCCGACCUCCGUGCGGCCAAGCACUGCUGCCUGCAUGCGGCUCAUAGCAUCUGGCAUCCUGGUCACACACCUCCAGUGAGACAAUGACUCGUGCCCGGCAUGUGGAACAACGUUGAGUGGUGAAACAGACUGGACUUUCUGGGGCUUCGAGUGGAAUAAAUUAUAUAAAAUUAUAAAUACUAUAAAUACGUCUCAGCCGAAUUAUGUUUAGGCUUGGAAACGGGUUGGUUGUCAGCACAGCGCGGGCGAGUGGAAUGGGCUUGGAGGAAGCGAGCUUUUCUAUAAGGCCAUCGAUAGAAGACGAGCAAUACACAGUUUCUCUUCAUUAUGCAUCGUUGUUACGGUCACUUUAUACUCUAUAUGUUGCCAAGGCGAUGGACAAUAACUGUAGGCGUCGAACCGUAUAUCGAACGAACUGUCGAACCGUAUCAACCGGAACCCAUUAGUGGAUAAGAUUCUGAGUCACACACGACUGCGAUUGCCUCCGAUAGGAAGAAUAACCUUGCCAACGGUAUGCUAAAACUCGCUAUUGAUUGAGAUUAAACGCUUACUCUUAUGAUUAUGAAGUAAAACAAACGCAACACGUAUCUGUGUGUAGCAUUUUCAGAUAAGGAGCAGACAGAAAGACGUAAGAUAAGUGCAUUUCGACGUAAUGUUAGCACGCAGACAACGAAUAAUGUAAUACCCGAAGACAACAAUGCCCUGUACCCUUUGUUGCUCGCUUUUUCCAAGUACCUAGCACACCGUGCAGUGCCUGUGUAACCCUGCCGAGAAAGUCACCUGUACAGUGUUCACCGACGUACAUAGCGGCCUAAUCCGCUUCAUCAACCCUUCACUCGCUCAUCAAAGUGCAAUGUUAUUUCCUGUGCCGUUUGGUGGGUCAAGCAACGGCGGACUGUAUGUACAGUGUAUGUGUUUGAACGUUCUCAGCGUGAAGCUCAUUCAGACUCUCAGCACAUCGACACGUCUCACCCAGUGACAAACUGUGCACGCGAAUACUGUGAUCAGUUUUCUUUUUUUCAAGUUUUGCAUGGCUUCAUGGUGUAGCUUAUGCCGAAGAGUGUUAGAUAGUUUCUUAUACCACACCACAUCGCUUGUACAACAAUGGUAUAGAAGUGAAUUAUAGUACACAGCCUCAACGUUUUCAACAGGGUACAUACAUAUGCAUAUACAGGUCCAAUAGGAUGAUCCGGGUGAACGAAAUUAUUUUAUGCAAAUACUGAGCCUUGAAUUUCGUACAAAUUUUUGCGUGACGUGUGCCGAUAACAUAUAUUUGCUGAAACCGGUAUGCUGAGGUGCAGCAACAAACCUCGCGUGAACUUGUGCUACAUAGAUAUAUAUGUAAUUAAUGUGAAACAGUGAAACGUUUGGAAAAAGAUAUCAAAAGCUGUAUAUGGCCAUUGUGAGAUCCGAACCUCGUACACUCUGUCUGUUGCAUUACAUGCUCCAAUAGAGUUGAUUGUGCUAACGCACAGUCUGAAUUCCUGAGUUCAAAAUAGUUAGUAGAAACAGACUAAGCACCUGGUAAGUAGAAUACCCUAGCCAGGACCGAAGUAUGGUUUCAACCUCCCCAGCCGCAGAGGCGCUGUAGCAAAAUGACCGCAGGGAUAUGACUGCGCGGAAGCCCAGUGGACAGGUCUAUAGGUUGAGCUGGAUCAUCCUCGACGAGGUUCUGCUCUUACACAUAUAAUCUGUUUUUCGAUUACCUCUAACUUUGUUUCUGGAUUGUUUCAAGCUGCCAAAUCUAAAUUACAAGCAGAAGUAAAACGACUCGUGAAUAGUCUCAAGAGCAAACGGCUUGCAUCGAACGAUGUUCAUUUACGUGCAGGAGACAACCUCAGGUCCGUAAAAGAAACUCCGAGGAAAUGUUCACUUCUUUGAAUAUUGUUUUGGGCGUGAUACGUCGACGAUGCGCCAACUAAUUUCCAAGUGAAUUACUCUCUACUUUCAUGAAGCGCAAAAUAUCCAGCACAAUAUCUUCCAAACAGAACGACAUUUUCCUACCGGGUAUAUUAUUAAUGCAAGCCUAUGCCUGAAGAGGCGACAAUUAAGACAGUGCUGUCUUGUCGCUUUACAAAUUUGCGUUAAUUAAGAAAUUAACAAAAUUGCGCCUUGGAAAAAAGCCUCACUGCAAAUGGCCGCUCAACCAUUUAAUCGGCAACGCCGGAUACAAGCUUCAGAAUAUUCCCUCCUUUUUCAAUAUACGGUAAUGCGGGGUGGGCAGCUUGUUACACAAUGGAAACAUACCGUACAAUUUGCUUCACACCGCGCUUCUUCAAUAUCAGUGGCCGCUAUAUUUCGAAGCAGCCAGUAGGCUAAACAGGCUCAGUAGAUGUUUAAUUUUGCCCUCUUGGACAUCACAUAGUUCAUUACCAGCCUGCAAAUCUGCACCGCGGCUAUAAUGCUCAUGCUAACGCCGAGGACCACUCGUUCAUAGUUUUAUCGUUGGCAUUAGCGUCAGUACAGACAAAAACGAUGUAUAGCACCUUCUUAUGUGUACUUAAAUAUGCCAUGUGAUGUACAACCGUGUCCGUGCUGAACGAACUGUCAAUACCGACGUACUCAUACUAAUUAUUACCAGUUUGUGUUUCACUCUCUCCAACCGUAUUUGGUGUAAAGCGUUAGAAGGCAUUAUAGUAUUGCUGUUCAGAAUAUUGUAUUAACAUAAUUAUUUAAUUACAGAGGUAACUGUAUUGCUUUGUGCUUUGCACGCUACCGCUCACCUAAAUAUACUGGCUGUUACGUGCGUCCGAUCUCUAGCAGUCGUUAAUGCCAUAUACGAGCAAAGUGUGCAACAGUAUCUAUAUUGUUCAAACACCACGGAAUUGCAGUUCGUUCGCACGGGUACGGUGCUGUUAUUCUCUUAUGAUAUAGAGAUCGGAAAAAUCAGGGUCAUGGAGCUCGAGAAGCUUUUCUCGUUGUUCCACUUUAAUAUUCAGACGGUUUAUGUACAGUUUCUGCCGAAUUAUAUACCACCGUGUACAUAGCCUUUUAUUGUGCCUAUUCCUUUUGCCUUUGGUAUCAUGGUGUACAGUAUAGACUUUUGAUUGCCAGAGCGACUGACAUCUGGAAUCAAAACAUAGCGAAGGAGGUACCAGUGUAUGAUAUGCAAACAAAAGACAGGGUAUUUUCCCGCGUUUACAUCGUUUCAACUUAUUUAAUCAUACCUUUCAAAACGCUGCUCAUGGAUUGGUCUGUGUCAUGUAUAGGAGACUGUCUUUGUGCUUCUUGUAAACGACGACUUUGUUCCUCUUUUUAUUCUUUUAACUUAUUAUGUCCAGAUAUGCUGGGUUGAUAAAUCCACCAAAUAAAAGUUGACUUUGUAAGCA